CGACAGGUUGACACUGACAGGGAACAAUGCUCCACUGGGACUUACCGAUGUCUUGUCUGAUGGUCCGCUGUCAGGGCAGAUUCAAAAGGAAAGAUGGCCAGCUCCCAGGAUGAGGUGACAGAAGCAGAGAGGAAGAAACGAAAAGUAAGGCAGCCACAGGGAGGUCAUUAUGGUCUGUACAACCAGGGUGCCACAUGUUACCUCAACAGUGUCCUGCAAGUUCUCUUCAUGACACCAGAGAUCCAUGACAGGUUGGAUCCAAAAUCACAGGACACAGAUGAAGAGCUGAGAAACCUCUUUAAAAGACUGAAAGAAACUACAUCUGGAACAGAAAAUAUCACGAAGAGUUUGAAGAUUAAAAACGUUUGUCAGCAACGUGAUGCAGCUGAAUGCCUGGAGAUGAUUUUACAGAAAGUCAGCCCACAGGCCUCUGAGGUUUUCAAAGGACAGCUGAGAUACACAACAAAAUGUACUGAAGGCCACAGCAUCAUUGAAGAGACUAAUCCAUUCUGGACUCUUCCUCUGUCACUAAAAGAUACCCAUGAUGAUACAACCUACAGUGUGGGAGAAGGCUUUGAAAGAAUUUUCCAGCAGAAAUCAUUCAGUGGAGACAACAUGGUGUACUGCAACGAAUGUGAAAAGAAAACAGAGGCGACCACUGGAUGUGAGAUGGUGACAUAUCCUCAGAUUCUGAUUCUUCUCCUCAAGAGAUUUGACUUUGACUACAGCACCAUGUCAUAUUUCAAAUCACACUGCUGUGUCGACGUGCCACGAACGUUACAGAGAAAGGACAAGGAGUACAGACUGUAUGGGAUGGUGCAUCACAUAGGCAGUCUGAGAGGAGGACAUUACACAGCCACCAUCCUGUGCAGUGAGGACAACACCUGGUAUGAGUUUAAUGACCAUCACGUCAGUCAGGUUAGACGACAGCCAUCUGCAAAAACCUCAACUUACAAGUCCGAGACUGCAUAUCUGCUCAUGUACAGAGGUAAGAUUAAAUCAAUACAUAGAGAAAUCAUGUCAAGAAGUGGAGGAGAAAGGGACACUGAAAAUGAAAAGAAGAGAAAAACAGGACAGAAUGAAGAAGAUGAUGUGCAGAUGAAAAGACGUGAGGCAUCAGGCCAUCAGGCUGGAGGAGAGAAGGAAUCAGAUGCUGCACCAAAGAAGGGACCAUCUUGCUCUAAAUUAAGAUCAUGUUUUAAGUGUUUAUGCUGUAUAAACUCCAGUGGGACAUAUGAUGCAGCUGAAAAGAAAAAAAAAUGUGUAAAAAAAAAAAGAGGGGGAGGGACAGAUGAGAAAAGACUCAUAGAAAAUUCAUUCCCAGGAUGAAGGAGAAAAGAGGAAGGCACAAUGUGAAAAGAAGUUAAACACUGAGGUUUGAUGUGAGACAGAGCUUAUUGAUGGUUUGAUCAACACAGAAGUGAAAAUGGGCAGUACGGUGGUGCAGUGGUUAGCACACAAAAAAAAUCAUAUAUAUCCAAUCUUGUGUACAUACAUGUCGUAGCCAGCAGAGAGGUUGUGGUGACUUUUGAUGUGUUGUGAUAGUGAUCAGAGAACAUUUUAUUUUGUUUGAUCCUGAUGAUUUUUUUUCCUUUUAAAGACACAUCAGCUCUGAUUUGGUGAAUUUAAAACAUGCACCUAGAUGCUUUGUAAAUGUGAAUAAAGACAAUACAAAUUUUUA